AUGGACCACCGGGGGGUGGGGAACGACAUAGAAAGUCACGAAUGUCCGGGGACGGAGGGAGGAGCGAUGGAGCGGAACGGCUCUGAUGUCUCCGACAUGAGGGAGCCCCUCCUGCUGCGGAAGCGCACCAAGAAUACCACGUCCCAGAUGGCCAUUGUUGGUGCCAACAUCUGCCCUAUUGAGAGCCUCGAUUACGAGUAAGUAGUCAGAAUUAUUAAUGUCAUUCCUUUAACAUGUGGCUGACUGAAAGGAUCAAUGUUAUUUUCCAAUUAAACCUAUAGCUUUAAAUAUUUUUUCCGAUUACAGGAUUGUAGAGAACGAUCUAUUCAAGCAAGACUGGAGGUCGAGGAGGAAGGUCCAGAUAUACCAGUACAUUGUGCUCAAAUGGACCCUUGCUCUCCUAAUUGGCCUGGGCACAGGGCUGGUGGGCUUCUUCAACAAUCUGGCGGUUGAAAACAUUGCCGGGUUCAAACUCCUGCUGACAAGCGAUCUCAUGCUUGUGAAGAGGUAAAUGAAAAGGCUCGCAUUUUUUUUUCUCUUAAAUGAUCAUGGCAAUUUUAAGUUCAAGUUCAGUUUAACUCUAGGAUCAGUUUGGCAUUUGGUGGAUUGACAGAUUCAAAGGUCAAGGCCAUUUAUUUCUGAUUCUGUUUUCCAGUACAGAUAUUACAUGGCAUUUUUUGCGUUUGCUGGUUGCAAUUUAGUUCUUGCUGCCAUCGCAGCAGCAGUCUGCGCUUAUAUUGCACCUGCAGCAGCAGGGUCUGGCAUACCUGAAGUUAAGGCGUAUCUGAAUGGUGUCGAUGCUCAUUCCAUUCUGGCCCCGAGUACACUCUUUGUGAAGGUAAUGUUGGAGCUCACACGCACUACUCAGUAGAGAUGAAUUGCUAGCGCCAAGAUUCUGAAUCAAUCAUUGCAAAAGCAUCUAAAUAAUGUCGUAUUCUAUUUGAACAGUGUUAUAGAUUUGAUCAGAAAAGACAAUAAGACUUACAGAAUCAAUCUGUCAGGCAAAGGUUUGAUCAUUUAUGUUGAUUUAUAUUUGGAUUGUAAGCAUUGCCACUUCUUUUAUUAAAUUCACCUAGGCAGGGACCAUUAUGCUCCGAAGCAUCCACUAAUCAUUAAUAGAUUACUUUGGAUAAUAGUAUGUGAUUCAAUGAAACAUGUCGAUAACAUCAUUUGACCUUUCCCAGUGAGGAGAAUGGCAAGAAGGAAACUUUUCUGCAUUUUUAUGCAAUGGAACGAAUAAAUUAACCAUCUUACUUCUCCAGGGAGAAGGUGUUUGGAUUGGAGGAGGGAAUGAAUACGGGUCAUAUGUGACGUCUUUCUUUACUGGUAUUCAUAUUUUAUCAGCAGAUAUAAAUAAGAGCAAGGAGAGAUUGGGUAACCGGUAUUUGAUUUUGACAUGCGGCUGUCAAUUUUAUUUCUCAUGAUAUUACCAAAAAUAAUCAAUUUUCAUUGUUGCCGAUUUAUCAUAUGUUAGCUUUUUUUAAGUGUUUCUCACGACAUCAGGACGUGGAUUUUCCGGAAUCAUACAUAAAUCGUGAAAAAAACUGUUUUUUCCACAUUUAAAGCUGGAUAUUGAAUAAUUAUCCAUAUUUAUCAAAAAUAGGUAAGCAACUGGUACAAUGGUUCCGUAUCUUUCUCUGGACAGUCGAUCGUAGGACGUAGGAAGGAGUAAUUUUUCUUUAUGCACCUACACUUUUUGUCUUUGGGAUCGUACUUUAUUCCUUUGUAAAGAAAUAUGAUGGCCCUACAUCAUCUGUUUUUGGGAAAGCAUUGUCAAGCGUCAACCUUUCUUGUCUGCAGAUAAUUGGUUCUAUAUUUGGUGUCUCCGCUGGGUUUGUGCUGGGUAAGGAGGGACCGAUGGUCCACACAGGGGCAUGCAUUGCUUCAAUACUCGGGCAGGGUGGAUCGCGCAAGUACCAUCUGACGUGGACCUGGCUUAGAUACUUCAAGAAUGAUCGGGACAGACGGGACCUGAUCACCUGCGGGGCUGCAGCGGGCGUGGCGGCCGCCUUCAGGGCCCCUGUUGGUGGCGUCCUCUUCGCCCUCGAAGAAGCAGCCUCUUGGUAACCCCUUCGACCUGUUCGCGGUUUCCUACCCCUCAUCUGAGGCAAACUUCUUUCCGUCCGCCCAUGAUUUCUUUCAUAUUCAAUGAUUUAUGCACGAUUCGAUGAUUUUCUGUGCCUCCCAGGUGGAGGAGCUCUCUCCUGUGGAGGACUUUCUUCACCACGGCCGUCGUCGCGGUGGUGCUGAGAACUCUCAUAGAAUACUGCCAGAGCGGAAAAUGUGGGCUCUUUGGGAAAGGCGGCCUGAUAAUGUUCGACAUCAGCUCGACCGUCAUCAGCUACAGCACUCCCGAUCUUCUGGUCGUCCUCAUCCUCGGCGUCACCGGCGGCAUCUUCGGCGGGCUCUUCAACUUCCUCCUCAACAAGAUCCUCCGCGUCUACAGCAUCAUCAACGAGUAAGCCACUCCCCCAACUCCAUGCUAGUUUUAAUCCCAAUAAUCUAGAGAGAGAGAAAAUUUGCUAAUAGAGAGAGAGGGAAAUGAUUUUUUCAGGAAGGGAGCGCCGUUCAAGAUUCUGCUGACGAUGGGUAUAUCGCUGGUGACCUCGUUCUGCGCGUACGGCCUGCCGUGGUUCGCGCGGUGCACGCCGUGCCCGGCGGGGCUGAAGGAGCAGUGCCCGACCAUCGGCCGCUCCGGCAACUUCAAGAACUUCCAGUGCCCCCCCGGCCACUACAACGACCUGGCCUCCCUGUUCCUCAACACCAACGACGACGCUAUCCGCAACCUCUUCAGCGGCAACACCGACAACGAGUUCCGCAUCUCCACGCUGCUCAUCUUCUUCACCGCCGUCUACCUCCUCGGCCUGUUCACCUACGGCAUCGCCGUCCCAUCCGGGCUCUUCAUCCCCGUGAUCCUCGCUGGCGCCUCCUACGGCCGCAUCUUCGGCACCCUCCUCGGCUCCGUCUCCGACCUCGACGCGGGCCUCUUCGCCCUCCUCGGCGCCGCCUCCUUCCUCGGCGGCACGAUGAGGAUGACUGUCUCUGUCUGCGUCAUCCUCCUGGAGCUCACCAACGACCUGCUGAUGCUCCCACUGGUCAUGCUCGUGCUGCUCGUGUCCAAGACGGUGGCGGACAGCUUCAACAAGGGGGUCUAUGACCAGAUCGUCACCAUGAAGGGGCUGCCUUACAUGGAGGCCCAUGCGGAGCCCUACAUGCGGCACCUGGUCGCCGGGGACGUGGUCUCCGGCCCGCUGAUCAUUUUCUCCGGCGUGGAGAAGGUGGGCAACAUCAUGCACGGCCUGCGGCUCACUGGGCACCACGGGUUCCCCGUGGUGGACGAGCCGCCCUACACCGAUGCGCCGGAGCUGUGCGGGCUGGUGCUGAGGUCUCAUCUGCUGGUGCUGCUCAAGGGGAAGAAGUUCACCAAGGAGAGGGUGGCCACCGGGGUCUCCCAGGUGUCUAGGAACUUCGGGGCGUUUGACUUCGCCAAGGCCGGAUCCGGGAAGGGAGUCAAGCUCGAGGACCUGGAGAUCGAGGAGGAAGAUAUGGAAAUGUAUGUCGAUCUCCACCCCAUCACCAACACCUCGCCUUAUACCGUGGUGGAGACCAUGUCGCUGGCCAAAGCUGCUGUUCUCUUCCGUGAGCUCGGUCUCCGCCAUCUCUGCGUCGUCCCCAAGACCCCCGGGGUAAGCCCCCCCUCCCCUCUCUCUCUCUCUCUCUACUACUCUCGUCUUCCUGCUGUCGAGGUUUUUCUUUUUUUUCAUCUCCGAUUACCCAACCCGUUCUAGAAAGGUAAUAUCGGCAGCCAAGAACGCCAUUAAGUCUGGAGCUCUGUAACAGGGAGCUGACGCUCGUUCUAUCUCGCAGAGGCCGCCGGUGGUCGGAAUCCUGACGAGGCACGAUUUCAUGCCGGAGCACAUUCUCGGACUGUUCCCCCAUUUCAAGCCCCGCAAGUGGAGUUGA